ACUGAUCCAGGUCUAAGCUCAUCUGCCUUGCCUGUUGUACUCUUUGCAUUAAAAUAAAUACACUUCAGACUGCCAGUCUCAGUGUAUUCAUUAUCUGGCCCUGCCUGUCCCUCCAUCCCCCUGCCACAAUACUUUAAACCUUCCCAAAUGGUACUAGCAAACUCUCUGCAAGGAUAUUGGUUACCCUCCAAUUUAUGUGCAACCUGUCCUUCCUGUACAGGUCCCUUCUGCUCUGGAAGAAAUGCCAAUGAUCCAGAUAUCUGAAGUCCUCCCUCCUACACCAGCCCUUUAGCCACACAUUAACCUGUAUUAUCUUAAUUUUUCUGGCCUCACAAACAUGUGCCAGAGCAUGUAAUCCUGAGAUUACAAUCCUAGAGGUCCUGCUUUUCAACUUCCUACCAAAUUUCCAAAAUUCCAUUUGCAAGGGAGUAGUCUGUCUUUCUGUCUAUGCUGUGAACACCAGUAAGGACCACAACCUUUAGCUACUCACCCUCCCCUUUCAGAAUGUCCUAUGCCCACUCAUCCUUGACCCUGAAGCUACAAGAUGGUCAGAGGCUAAGGAAGUGGUAAGUAACUCAUCCCCUAACACCUGAAAACCUGUCCACCAUCUGGAAGGUACAGAUCAGGGAAUGAUGAAAUAAUUUCCAGUUAUGUGGAUAAGGUACAAUUCUAACAAUGCUCAAAAAGCUCACUGCCAUCUAUGAUAAAGCAGUCUGUUUGACUGGCAUCUCAUUUACCAACUUAAAACAUUCACUCCCAAUACCGCUGAUGCACAAGAGCAGCAAUGUGUGUCAUCUAGAAGGUGCACUGCAGCAACUUGGUACGGCUGCAUCAAAAAACAUCCUCCAACAUAUGACCUCUUAGAAGGACAAAGGCAGCAAAGACUGGGGAGCAGCAGCAUCUGCAAGCUCCCUUCCAAGCCACCUGGUCAGAACUGGGCCUUGAAACUGUUUCACUGUUCCUUCAUUGUUGAUGAACCAAAAUCUUAAACCUUCAUUCCUAACAGCACUGUGAUUGUCCCUACACUUCAAGAAGGCAGUUCACCACCACCAUCUAUAUAUUGACCAUUAUAUAUUGGCAAUAAAUGCAGGCCCAGCCAGAGAUGUUGGUAUCCCAUUAACUAAUUAGAAUUAUAAAGUUCCACGUCCAGCAAAUUAUUAUUAAAUUGGCUUGCUGUGAUUAGGGAUGCAUUCACCAGUGACUGUUUGGGUGGUAAGGCAGGAAAUUCAUCUUCUGAAAAAUGUUGCUUGUGGCUCUAGAUUUCUCUAUUUGUACUUCCUAUUAUCUCCACACUUGCUGCAUUUAAUCCAGUAAUUUCUUUUUCUUGAACAGGAGCAUUAACAACUUGUCAUCAAACUUUCAAAAUCCUGCCAUAAUGUCCAUUCUUUGUUUUCCUUUAGUGUACCAUCCAGCUGAGACAAAAUCUAUGUCACAGAAGAAGGCCAUUUGACCUAUUGAGAUUUUCCUAGCUGUAUGCUUAAAGAAUUGUUCUAUCGACAAGAAUCACCAAGAGUCUUUCAACAGCAUCUUCCAAAUCUGCAGCACUUACCAUGCAGAAGGGCACAGCUGCAGCAGGUUUAUUUCAAACCACAAGCUUUCAGAGCACUGCUGCUUCGUCAGGUGAAGUCCAGUCCAACACUGGCACCUCUGCAUCAAGUGCAGCAGGUGCAUGACAGCACCACCUGCAAGUUGUCCUCCAAGUUGCGCAUAAUCUGACUUGGAACUUUAUCUCUGUUCCUUCAUUAUCACCUUCCAAAAUUCUCCAACUCCUUUCCUAACAGUGCUGCGGAUGUACCUAUGCUACAUUGACUGCAGCAGAUCAAGAAGGUGGCUCACUACUACUAUUUUGAACUCCUCACCUUUUACAAAAGAAUUUUAAAAAAAGAAAUGUUAUAUUGUCACUUGUUACAGCACAAUUUUCUUGUAACAGUUUUUUUUUCAGAAAGUACAGUUUUGUAACUGCUUUUGUCUUUUUCUAUGAUAGAUAGUCCAAGAUGAUACUGUUACAGAUUCUGUACAGUCACGUGGCAAGCUCCCAGAAGGGAGGCAAACUGCUUUAAAUACAGGGAGCAAGAUACCUAGAUACAAAGGAACUGAUAAAGUUAAAGAGAGCGAGGAGAAAACUGGUGAGAAGUUAACUGAUAUCAGCUUUGGCGAUAUCAGUGUAGCCUCAGGUGAAGUUAAAAGUACAACCAAUCUUUCUACUGGUGAGCCAAAUCAAGACUUCAUUCCUAUCACAGCAUCCAGUCUACCAGAGUUAAAGAAAAAUGAAAAGAUAUGCCUCGAUGAUGAAGACUCCUUCUUUGAUGACCCAUUGCCUGAGCAAAUGAAGAUCUAUGCCUGUCCAUCACAGGGAGAGAAGAGUAUUUCAGGGUUGCACUCUUCAGGUAGCAAAAAGAAUGACGUUCAAAAAGUUAACACAGGUAAAAACAGUGAUACUGAUGAAGAUGCAGAGGAUCCCUUUAUAGACGCAGGUGGUAGACAGCGUACUCUGGAAAGGCAUGCAGACUUGAACAGUAAACCAACAGGUGGCCUUACAUCCCUUUCAGAUGUCCCCCUUGUGAAUGCAAACUCAGAGUCUCUAGCAGGAGCACUACCUGUAAAAGAUGCUGACAUAAAAGGAACAGGAGAUGAAGAAGAGUAUUACGAUGAUGAUUUCAUUAGUGGCAGUCAACGUUCAGAUAAAACCAAGAGUGAAGUGAGCAUUGGUGAAGAAAUUGAGGAGGAUAUUUCUGUGGAGGGGGAAGAUCUUUGUACCGAUGAUAAGCUCGACGAUUUGACACUGGACCACACCAUUUCUCACUUAAGUGAUGUGGCAGAUUAUAUAGAGGAGGUUGCAUAGUAGUUUCAGAAUGAAUAAUUAAUUUAUUGUACAGACAAAUGAGUAGUUUUUUUUUUGUCACUUCUGUUGUUCUGAAGCAAUGUCGAUGGAAUUAGGCUGAUAGAAUCCCUCCGUUAGCAGACAGUUGGUUGAAUUUCUUGUAUUCAGUUAAUCCAAAUGAAAACCAAAGACCAUGUGUAACACUCAAAAGUGAUGCAAUCAGAAUGGUACUAAGUAGUGCCAGUGCGGGGGGUCUGAAAGUGUCCUCAGACUGUCUUUGAGUAUCCAUGAAAAGAGGCCUAUACUCUUUUAGAAGGGAUCAGUGUGGUCCUAAAUUGUAAUGUGUAAAAAUAUAUUAAGUAAAAAUUAUUUUUAAUGCAGAUUUAUUUUUUGAGUAUUCCAUGUGUUUUUAUUGCAUAACGUCUUAUCAAGGCUCUCUAAUCCUUUUAGGGCUGCUUGAAAACUUUUAAAUGGGUAAUUAUUUCCCAAAAAUGCAACAUUAAUCAAUUACUGGUAAUAACAUUUAGUGUUAAAUUGGUUUGUAUUAAAUCUGUUUGAAUUCUUUUUUGGCAUUUGGCUGCCUAUUCAUUAUUAUUAAUAUUUAUAAUAUUCCAAACUCUGGAGCAGCAGCUAAUGCUAUUCAGUUAACUUUGGAAUGAGUUUGUGAUGAAGGAAAUAAGUAUACUUCCUGCUACUUUUGUUACUCUGUGAAGCUGGAUUUGUUUGUAUGGGCAUUGAAUAAGACCUUGAUGGUUGUAUGAUCAGCCACUGCUUUUUAGGUUCACAGAUGAAGUGCAACCAUGUUAUUGAAAAAUCAGAAAACUGCCGUUUCUCCUAGAAAUCUAUCCCAGGGUGUUCAGCACCUUUGGAAGAGAGUGGGCAGGAUGCAAAAUUGCUAAAUGCUGAUAUCAUCUGAUGUGCACGUCCUUGAGCAAAGCCUGUCGUGGAACUGGGGUUGCUUUUCAACUGCACACUAUCUUAUUUUUAUUGUAUUAAUUAAAGUAUGGAGAUUCCUGGAGCUGUUGAUUAACAUUUGUAUUUCAUUCAAAUAAACUGACAGUCACUGUUCAAAGUGUGUAUGCAUGUUC